UUCAAGGGUGGGGAGGGCCUGAUUCGAGGUUUAAAUUGGUGGGAGAGGUUUUUUUUAGGGGUUUUGGGUUGGGGAUUUGUGGGUUUCGGGUUGGGGAUAUGGGGUUUUCAGGAGGUGGGUUCUGUAGGUAGGGGGGAAAAUUCAACGGUGUCGGCUCGGGAAAAGUGUUUCCGGGCAUCGACGGUGUGUGGGAAUUUGGUGGAUGGUGGUGGGGAGGGUGGUCAUGGGUUGGGGCUGUUUUUUUUUAUUAUUAUUUAUUUUUUUUUAUUUUUAUUUUCAUUAUUUUUUCUUAAAUUUUAUUAUUUUAGAAUUGUAAUUAAUUUUUAAAUUAAAAACCUUAGGUUAACCAUUUUAUCAUAAAAGCUAGCCAUAAAACCAAAAAUGAUACUACAUUAAAUUUUGUAAAACCAAAGUGCCACUUAGCAGAGUAGGAAAAGAAGUUUUUUUUUUUUUUGGUACAAGUUUCCUUCUUACUAUUUUUACUAGUACGUAUUAUCUUUCUUAUAGUCUUACUCCAAUAGACCAAUAUAGUGUGUCGCACACUCGCACGGUCGCACCAUCGCAUAGGUUAUGUUUAGUUGUUUACUUAUAGCAGGCGAAAAACAAUUACGUUCGUUAUUAAAGUUAAUUUUGGGGCAAAUCCCGUUGGAACGUUUGCCCUCAUACAAUGCCUGAAGAACAUUCAUCAGCUCCACCGCCGCAGCCGCCGUCUCAACCAUCGCUGCAGCCGCCGUCUCAACCAUCGCCGCAGCCUUCGCUGCAGCUUCCGUCUCAACCGUCGCCGCAACCGCAGCCUCAGCUACCCGAAUCUUUAUCAUGUCCUUCAACCCCUGUUCCCGAGUUCGACCCAAGUCGAAUGAUUGGUAUCAUUAGACGGAAAGCUUUGAUUAAAGACUUGGCUGCAGCUUACCAUGCUGAGUGCCUCGAUUACUGUCAAGAGCUUCUUGAACUUCAGCGAAGAUGGGAAGAGACAUAUAAAGAAAUCAAGACAUUUGAAGAUUCAAAAAAGGAUUAUGUUCGACCAUCCAAGCGUGUGAAGAAAGUUCGUUAAAUUCAAACUUAGUG